GCUGGUUUGCAAAACCUACAGAAGAGAAGACAUCUCUGAGGCUUCAUGAAGACAUGAAGGAGGCGUUUAUGGCUGAAAUGAAAGCUGAAAACAUCAAGCAGUUUCUUUACAAUUUUACACAGCUUCCUCACCUAGCAGGAACAAAGGAGAAUCUUCACCUGGCACAGCAGGUCCAAGCAGAGUGGAAGGAGUUUGGUUUGGAUUCCGUUCAGUUGGUUCACUAUGAUGUGUUGCUCUCUUACCCUGAUGACACCAACCCCAACUACAUCUCAAUAAUUGAUGAGCAUGGAAAUGAGAUUUUCAACACAUCAUUAUCUGAGCCUCCUCCUCCAGGAUAUGAGGCUGUCAGAGAUGUGGUGCCACCCUACAGUGCAUUUUCAGCCCAAGGAAUGCCUGAGGGUGAAUUAGUGUAUGUGAAUUAUGGCCGCACUGAAGACUUCUUUAAGCUAGAACGUGAAAUGGAAAUUAACUGUACAGGAAAGAUCGUUAUUGCCAGAUAUGGGAAGAUUUUCAGAGGGAAUAAGGUGAAGAAUGCUGAAUUGGCAGGUGCCAAAGGAAUUAUUCUGUACUCUGACCCUGCUGACUACUGCGCCCCAGGACCAGAUCCCUAUCCAAAUGGCUGGAACCUUCCAGGUGGAGGAGCUCAGCGUGGGAAUGUGUUAAACCUGAAUGGGGCGGGGGAUCCUCUGACACCAGGUUAUCCUGCAAAAGAAUACACCUACCGAUUAGACAAAGCCAGCGGUGUGGGUCUCCCAAAAAUUCCAGUUCAUCCCAUUGGCUAUCACGAUGCUGAGUUGUUACUGCGUAAUAUGGGAGGACAUACAUCACCACAUAGUAGCUGGAAAGGAAAUUUGAAUGUAUCUUACAAUGUUGGUCCUGGUUUCACUGCAAAUUAUUCUACAAGAAAGGUCAAGAUGCACAUUCAUAGCAACAAUGAAGUGAGAAGGAUUUACAACGUGAUUGGUAACAUCAGAGGCACAGUGGAACCAGACAGAUAUGUCAUCCUGGGAGGCCACCGCGACUCGUGGGUAUUUGGUGGCAUUGAUCCUCAGAGUGGGGCAGCUGUGGUUCACGAGAUUGUGAGGAGCUUUGGGAAACUAAAAAUGAAAGGCUGGAGGCCAAGGAGAACAGUGAUGUUUGCAAGCUGGGAUGCAGAGGAAUUUGGCCUGUUAGGAUCAACAGAGUGGGCUGAGGAAAAUGCCAAGGUUUUGCAAGCACGAGGAGUGGCUUAUAUCAAUGCAGAUUCCUCCAUCGAAGGAAACUACACACUGCGAGUGGAUUGCACACCACUGAUGUACAGGCUGGUGUACAGUCUGACUAAAGAGAUACCAAGUCCUGAUGAGGGGUUUGAAGGAAAAUCUCUUUAUGAGAGCUGGUAUAAAAAAAAUCCGUCAAGAGAAUAUAAAGAGGUCCCCAGAAUAAAUAAACUGGGCUCUGGCAAUGACUUUGAAGUCUUUUUUCAACGCCUUGGCAUCGCUUCAGGCAGAGCACGUUACAGUAAAAAUUGGGAUAUAGAAAAAUACAGCAGCUACCCAGUUUACCACAGCGUCUAUGAAACCUAUGAAAUUGUGGAGAGGUUUUAUGAUCCCACUUUCAAGAAUCAUCUGACAGUAGCUCAGGUACGGGGAGGCCUGGUGUUCGAAUUGGCCAACUCUGUUGUGCUUCCUUUUGACUGUAGAGAUUAUGCAUCAGCUGUGAGCAACUAUGCUCACAUCAUCUAUAAUUUGUCAAGGAAUCAUGAAGAGGAUCUGGCAACAUACAAUGUGUCGUUUGAUGCGCUCUUUUCAGCUGUGAAGAAUUUUACAGAACUUGCUGCUAGCUUUCAUCACAGACUGCAGCAAAUAGAUAUUAAUAACCUACUUACUGUCAGAUCCCUAAAUGAUCAGCUCAUGUUUCUAGAAAGGGCUUUUAUUGAUCCUCUUGGAUUACCUGGCCGGCCAUUCUAUAGACAUGUUAUCUUUGCUCCAAGCAGCCAUAACAAGUAUGCAGGAGAAUCAUUUCCAGGGAUCUAUGAUGCCCUAUUUGACAUUAAAAACAGAGCUGAUCAACAUGAAGCCUGGAAAGAAGUAAAGAGGCAGAUUUCCAUUGCAGCCUUCACUGUGCAGGCAGCAGCAGAAACGCUGAAAGAAGUAGCAUAA